GCGAGACGGGUGGGGCCGGAGCUCGAAGCUAGUUUGAACUUGCCCUGGGCAUGUUUGGCGGGAAGUUGGCUUAGUUGGACUACCUGUGGCCUCGCGGCUUCCUAGUCCCCGCCUUGUUUCUCCCCAGAGGCUUCUCAAUCCUGCCUCCAUGAUCUCGGCAUAGGGCACAGUACCCCUUCGCACGCGAACGCGAUGGCUCCCAGGAAACGGUCAGAAACCCAGAAGACCGAGAUUGUGUUACGCUCCAAGAACAAGAGGAGCAGAAGUCCCCGGGAGCUGGAGCCCGAGGCCAAGAAGCACUGUGUGAAGGGCUCCGGUUCUAGCAGAGGAUGUGACUCAGGCUGCCUGUGGGCGGGGUUGGGUAGCCUGCAGGUCCCGCCACCAUGCCGCAGCAUCGUCAGGGCCCUCCACCAGUAUAAGUUGGGGAGAGCUGCCUGGCCAUCACUACAGCAGGGUCUCCAGCAGUCCUUUUUGCACUCUCUGGAUUCUUACCGGAUAUUCCAAAAGGCCGCCCCCUUUGACAGGAGGGCUACAUCCUUGGCGUGGCACCCAACUCACCCCAGCACUGUGGCUGUGGGUUCCAAAGGGGGAGAUAUCAUGCUCUGGAACUUUGGCAUAAAGGACAAACCCACCUUCAUUAAAGGGAUUGGAGCUGGAGGGAGCAUCACUGGGCUGAAGUUUAACCCUCUCAAUACCAACCAGUUUUUCGCCUCCUCAAUGGAGGGAACAACUAGGCUGCAAGACUUUAAAGGCAACAUUCUACGAGUUUUUACCAGCUCAGACACCUGCAACGUCUGGUUUUGUAGCCUGGAUGUGUCUGGCAGCAGCCGCAUGGUGGUCACAGGAGACAAUGUGGGGAACGUGGUCCUGCUGCACAUGGAUGGCAAGGAGCUUUGGAAUCUCAGAAUGCACAAAAAGAAAGUGACCCAUGUGGCCCUGAACCCAUGCUGUGAUUGGUUCCUAGCCACAGCCUCCGUAGAUCAAACAGUGAAAAUCUGGGACCUGCGCCAGGUUAGAGGGAAAGCCAGCUUCCUCUACUCGCUGCCACACAGGCAUCCUGUCAACGCAGCUUGUUUCAGCCCUGAUGGGGCCCGGCUCCUGACCACUGACCAGAAGAGUGAGAUCCGGGUUUACUCUGCCUCCCAGUGGGACUGUCCCCUGGGCCUGAUCCCGCACCCUCACCGUCACUUCCAGCACCUCACACCCAUCAAGGCAGCCUGGCAUCCUCGGUAUAACCUCAUUGUUGUGGGCCGAUACCCAGAUCCUAAUUUCAAAAGUUGUAGCCCCUAUGAAUUAAGGACAAUCGAUGUGUUUGACGGAAACUCGGGGAAGAUGAUGUGCCAGCUCUAUGACCCAGAAUCUUCUGGUAUCAGCUCGCUCAAUGAGUUCAAUCCCAUGGGGGACACGCUGGCCUCUGCAAUGGGUUAUCACAUUCUCAUUUGGAGCCAGGAGGAAACUGGGACACAGAAAUGAGAGACACUAAAGAAGGUGUGGGCCAAACAAGGGCUCGGAGCCCACAAUGGGAACAAGUGCUACACGAAGAGGUGGCUGUUUGUUAAAGGUCCAAAAGUAUUCAAGUCUUAGGGUUGGAGCACGGGCACUGUGCCAUUGGCAUUGUGGGACUGGGACACUGGCAUGUUACUACUCUGGACUUAGCUCCAGGAAUUUCUCUAGAGUUGGUGACCUAGCUGUCCCAAGGGUCCCUGUUGUAUCUAGCCUGAAGCCAAGCUGCUUUUCUCUCUUAUGUACAGUAGCAGAGUGAUCAGGUAGUAUUUUUUGAUUUGUGCUCAGUUGUCAUGGCCAAUAAAACCAUAUCCAACUGA